AUGGCGACAAACGAUGGGAAAAGCUUCCCACCGAGGAAAUGGUACAGACGAGUACCGUUUCUGUCGACAAAGCCUAUUAAGACACCACUGACGGAACGGUAUUCGCAUUCAUCUUCAAGCACAGAAGAUGCUGGGAGCAGGGAAAAGACAGCGUUGCCAGAGUCGACGGCAAACUGGCUGUCGAUAUUGUUAUUCGGCUGGCUGGCUCCUCUUUUGAGAACGGGAUACACCAGGCCUCUUCAAACCGACGACCUGUAUGACAUGCCCGGCAACAGAUUGGCGGAAGAUCAUGCGGAUAAACUCGAAAAAUGCUGGUCUGAGAGGCUUGAGAGGAACAGCAACCAAAAAGUUCCCUCUGGGCUGUUUUCAUGGAGACCUUUCUGGGCGAGGCGAACGACUGACGCCACCGUCUUGACCAUGGCUCUCAACGACGUUUGCUUCCGGUGGUUCUGGAUAGGAGGUUUCUUCAAGUUAUGCGGCGACUUGUCGCAAAUGGUCUCUCCUGUUCUCAUCAGAUUUCUCAUCGCCACAUUGAAAGAUCCAUCACAAUCAGCUUUACGCUCAGGCUUUGGAUACGCAGUUGGGCUGUUUCUUCUGCUCGUCUUCUCUGUCACGGCCAACGUUCAUGGCUUCUACCGCUCAUACACGACGGGCAUUCUCCUGAGAGGCGCCCUCAUGCAUACCAUUUAUCGCAGGGCAACGACGAAACUCACUGAGAGAGCCAAGCUAAAGAAUGGUCUUGGCACGGGAAAGCUGAUGAGCUUGAUGAGCGCCGACGUCACACGCGUGGACUUUUGUUGCGGCUUCUUUCACUCUGCGUGGACCAGCAUCCUCCAGAUUCUUCUCUGCUUCGCCCUGACGGUGUGGUCACUGGGCUACAGCGCACUCCCUGGAUUCGGCCUUCUGGCACUGCUAUACCCGCUGCAGACUUACAUGAUGGGGAUGCUACUACGCCUGCGUCGAGGUAGCAUGCCCUUUACCGAUGCGCGAGUCAAGGCUGUUGUCGAAGCGGUUUCAACUAUCCGCCUUGUCAAAACCAACGCUUAUGAAAAUAGCCUACUCGAAAAGGUCGGAAAGUUGAGGUCUGACGAGGUUGUCUACAUCCGCAAGAGGAUGCUUCUCCGAGCUCUCAACAUCGCCGUCUCAUACACUGCCCCCACACUCGCCUCUGUCGUUAGCAUCGUGUGCUAUGGAGCAACGAGCAAGAAUGGCAUGGAACCAAGUGUCGUCUUUUCUGCGCUCGCUUUCUUCUUGCUUCUGAGGACACCACUGCAGGCUCUACCUGUUGCACUUUCGGCUAUAGCGGAUGCUCGGGCGGCACUUGAACGUCUAUCUGCAUUUAUGCUCGCGUCUGAUGUGGCCCCGAAGAAUGACUCUGGAAUUCGUUCAGGCUGUGGUGAGGGAUCAUCAGCCGACGUGGUGAUUCAAGUCGAGGAUGCCACUUUUGCGUAUCACGAUGACGAGGAACUCCUGGCAGACGACGCAAAUGAGAAAUCUGGGCAAGUCAAUGAGAACAGGAGCCAAAGCCAAAGACUACGCCUUGAUUCACUCGUGGUCAAGAAGAACCAGCUUGUCUGUAUCGUUGGCCCUGUUGCAUCAGGCAAGACUUCGGUUCUCAAAGCGUUACUAGGAGACAUGCAACUUGUCCAGGCGCGCUCGUGCCAGCUCAACCUUGAAACCUCGUCUCCAUCUUCCCAGCUUUCUUAUGCCUCGCAGACAGCCUGGUUGCUCAGCGAGACGGUGAGAGAGAACAUCAUCUUCGGCAGACCACUGGAUCUGGCUUGGUACAACGAAGUUCUCAGGCGGUGCUGUUUACACCAGGACUUGGAGAGACUUCCCGACGGCGACAUGACAGUCGUCGGCGAGAUGGGUGUCUCUUUAUCAGGCGGCCAGAAGCAGCGUGUGAGUCUUGCUAGGGCCAUCUACGGAAAGAGUCCACUACUCUUUCUCGACGACUGUUUCUCUGCUCUGGAUGCGCAUGUUGGAUCUCGGGUGUUCGACAUGGUGAUCAACCAAGCCCGGAGAAACAGUGAGGGUACUAUUGUUCUGGUGACACAUUCUAUGGUGUUUGCUCGACAGGCGGAUCAUAUUGUCUACAUGGAAGGCGGCCGCAUCGUGGAACAGGGCUCGUAUGAGCUUCUUUCAAGUCUAGGUGGUCCCUUUUCUCGCUUUGCAGGAGCCCCUGACUCAGACUCUGAGUCAACUCAGUCUGGUGGUGACUCUGAGCAACCAGAGGACUUGAAAAUCAAGGCCAAGGAGGAGGACACCCUCACGGAGAAGCCAAAAGAGAAGCCCAAGGGCCGAGGCAACGAGAUCAUGCAGAGCGAGGAGAGACUUGUCGGCUCUGUCAGCGGUAGAACCUACGUCCGCUACGUACAAUUCGGCAACGCCUUCCUCACGGUUCCCUUCUUCAUCACGUCCAUCUUCAUCUAUCAAGGCUCAAGCAUCGUCUCACCGCUGUGGUUGAGCUGGUGGCAAGACACCAAGUACAAGUCCAUCUCUGAGGACGAAUACAUGGGAGGCUACGCGGCGUUUGGUAUUGGACAGUCUCUGGGUUUAUUCUUCAUGAACGCUACCUUUGCUCUCUUCUGCUUCUGGUGCUCCAACAAUCUUCACCGUGCGGCCAUGUCGAGCGUACUCCGUGCGCCAGUGGCUUUCUUCGAUACGACGCCCCAGGGACGUAUCACGCACCGGUUUAGCAAGGAUGUCGACGCUGUGGAUAAUGUUGUGGGCGAGACGCUGCGACUCUUCAUCUCGACUUCGGUACAAGCAAUUGGCACCAUUAUUGUUGUGACCAUUAUUCUGCCGCCCUUCAUAGCCAUCGCAGCUGCGCUCCUACUUGCCUACACCUGGACUGGCAUGUACUUCCGACCCUCGUCGCGAGAGCUGCGCCGUCUAAACAAUCUGCUACGCAGCCGCAUCUACGAACAUUUCGGCGAGUCCCUAUCCGGUCUGCCCACCCUCAAGGCUUUCGGCGCCGUGUCGCGCUUCGUCGCGGACAACUCACGCAAGAUUGACACUGAGAACACGGCUUACUGGCUCUCGGUGGCGUGUCAGCGCUGGCUCAAUCUCCGUCUAGAUCUUUGCGGCGCGACACUUGUGCUCGUCGCUGGCCUGCUUGUCGUAGGACUUCGAGACACGAUUCCUCCAUCAUCGGGAGGUGUAGUGUUGUCCUACGUUGUCACAGCGCAAGCCGUCUUUGGCAACAUGAUUCGACAGAGUGCCGAGAUUGAAAACAACAUGAAUUCGGUCGAGAGAAUGCUUCACUAUGUGUUUGACAUUCAGCAAGAGCCUGCGCACGAGGUCAAAGAUGUGGACAAGGGCCUGAAGAGUGGCGAAUGGCCCUGUGAUGGGCAUGUCCAAUUCCAGUCCCUGACGCUGAGCCAUCGCCCUGGCCUGGAACCUGCACUCAGAGAUGUGACUCUGGAUAUAAAGCCAGGCGAAAAGGUUGGCAUCGUCGGUCGCACCGGAGCAGGAAAGACAACUUUGAUUACUGCGUUGCUGAGGAUCACUGAGCCCACAAGUGGCAGAAUUCUCAUUGACGGAGUGGACAUUCACACGGUCGGCCUUCAUCUACUUCGAUCAAGCCUGUCAGUCAUCAGCCAAGACGCUAUCCUCCUAGCCGGGACAAUCCGGUACAAUCUGGAUCCAUUCCAGCAGUAUGACGAUGACUGGCUCCGCCAAUGCUUGAGGAGAGUUGGACUUGACCAACCAGACUCUAGUUCAAUCGCUGAACAGGGGAGUGAUUGUGAGAAGAACCCUGAGUCCGAGCUCAUCAGCGCCAGCCCGAGUCUAACUCUAGACUCGGAGGUCAAGGAGAACGGUGCCAACAUCUCUCAUGGUCAACGGUCCUUGAUCUCAAUUGCCCGGGCGCUUGUGCGGCGAUCAAAGAUUGUCAUUCUUGACGAAGCCACGGCGUCUAUUGACGGCAGGACUGACAUGGAGCUUCAAGUGAUGCUGAACGAGGUAAUGGGUGAUGCUACAGUUCUGACUGUGGCUCAUAGACUGGACACCAUCAUUUCCACGUGUGAUAGGGUAGUUGUGAUGGACAGUGGCAGAGUCGCUGAGUUUGACACUAUCCCGGCGCUCUAUUCCAGGCCAGACAGUUUAUUCAGGGUCCUCUGCGAUGCCGCCAAGAUUACUGUUCGAGGGGCGUAG